AUGGAAGACGUCGGGGAGCUCGGGGGUGCCAGUCGCGUGUACGAGGCCCAGUUGGAGCGCACUAUUCAAGAGCUUAAUCGAAGAAAAGGAGAGCUAGAGGAUGCACUGCAGCAGCUGAGGGCAUCUGCAGCCAGCCCCGGCGCGGCAUUUUCGGCAGAAGACUCCUUGGAUAUCAUGACAAAGGCGUACCAGGACGUAACUGAGGCAGAGCCCAUCCUGCCACCGCUAGGAUCUCCCCUCCCAGCGCUGCUGGCCAUGCGGCGGGCCCAUCAGACCAUCGCAGAAACCAACGAGUACGCCGAUUCUCAAGCGGCUUCACUGGAGCAGCUGAAACGAAGGAUAGAGGCAGAACAAACCAGCUUGCGUGAGCAACAGGCCCUCCAAACCGCGCUUGAAGGUCGCAUCGAGUCGUUGCGCCAAGGCCUGGAGAACAGAGAGGAAAAAACGGAGGAACAAAUCGCCAAAGAACGUAUCGCCGAAUUGAAAAAACAAAAGGAUCUCUGGGACAAGCAGACAUCGAGUCUCAUGAAACAGUUGGACUGGUUCAUUGAUGAGCAUCUCGGCCCCAUGUUGGCAGCGGAGGAGCUAGGCGGCCCCGUCGUCGGGGGUUUGAUGGACAUCGACCCAGAUGAUCUGAGCGCCGGGUUUAGUGCUCAUGGCAAAUUGAAAAAGGGCAAAGACCAACCGGACCAAGACAAGCGGCAACGACGGAUCGAUGAUAUCUGGGGCCCGCAGGACGAGCAGGGACAGGCGAGGAGAAAGCAAAAGGGGAACGAAGCAGCAGCGGCAAGCGCAGAGAUGCGUGAUCUCACCGAGCAACUAAUGAAUAGGCUGAUGGAAGCAGACGGCGAUACCUCAGCAGCGUACGUGGAGAUAGCCAGGGAAUCUGCAGCAGCGAGGUUCCUGGUCCGUUCCAAGGUGGCAAUGUUCCAUCCGAGGGAUGCACGAAAGUUGCGACUCGUCGACUUUGGAAAGGAUCUGGAGGACUAA